AUGGAGGAAGACGCGGGAGCGGCUGGCCCUGCGCCGGAGCCCGAGCCCGAGCCCGAGCCGGAGCCCGAACCAGAGCCCCAGCAGGAGCCGGAGCCGGAGCGAGAGCCGGAGCCGGAGCGAGAGCCAGCGCUGGACGCCGGCACAUCUGAGGCGUUCUCCCGACUCUGGACCGAGGUGAUGGGCAUCCUGGAUGGGUCACUGGGAAAUAUCGACGACCUGGCCCAGCAGUAUGCAGACUAUUACAAUACCUGCUUCUCAGACGUGUGUGAGAGGAUGGAGGAGCUGCGGAAACGGAGGGUUUCCCAGGACCUGGAUGUGGAGAAACCCGACGCCAGCCCCACAUCACUUCAGCUGCGGUCCCAGAUCGAAGAGUCACUUGGUUUCUGUAGCGCCGUGUCAACACCAGAAGUGGAGAGAAAGCACCCUCUUCAUAAAUCAAACUCAGAAGACGGCUCUGUAGGAAAAGGAGAUUGGAAGAAGAAGAAUAAGUAUUUCUGGCAGAACUUCCGAAAGAACCAGAAAGGAAUAAUGAGACAGACUUCAAAAGGAGAAGAUGUUGGUUAUGUGGCCAGUGAGAUAACGAUGAGUGACGAGGAGCGGAUUCAGCUGAUGAUGAUGGUCAAAGAAAAGAUGAUCACCAUCGAAGAAGCCCUCGCCAGGCUCAGGGAGUACGAGGCUCAGCACCGGCAGUCAGCGUCCUUGGACCCCACCGACUGGCCAGAUGGCUCCUACCCGACGUUUGAUGGGUCCUCCACCUGCAAUUCAAGAGAACAAUCGGAUGAUGAGACCGAGGAGUCGGUGAAGUUUAAGAGGUUACACAAGCUGGUCAACUCCACUCGCAGAGUCAGAAAGAAACUAAUUAGGGUGGAAGAUAUGAAAAAGCCCAGCACUGAAGGUGGGGAGGAGCAUGCGCUGGAGAGCUCCCCGGUCCUGGAUGAAAGAUCCGCCCUGUACUCUGGAGUGCACAAGAAGCCUUUUUUCUUCGAUGGCUCUCCUGAGAAGCCUCCUGAAGAUGACUCAGACUCUAUCACCACGUCCCCAUCGUCCAGCAGCCUGGACACCUGGGGAGCUGGCCGGAAGCUGGUCAAAACCUUCAGCAAAGGAGAGAGUCGGGGCCUGAUUAAGCCCCCCAAGAAGAUGGGGACAUUCUUCUCCUAUCCCGAAGAAGAAAAAGCCCAGAAAGUGUCGCGCUCUCUCACCGAGGGGGAGAUGAAGAAGGGCCUGGGGUCCCUGAGCCACGGGAGAACCUGCAGUUUUGGAGGAUUUGACCUGACAAAUCGUUCUCUGCACGUGGGCAGUAACGCCACUGAUCCCAUGGGUAAAGAAGGAGACUUUGUGUACAAGGAAGUCAUCAAAUCGCCCACUGCCUCCCGCAUCUCUCUUGGGAAAAAAGUGAAAUCAGUGAAAGAAACAAUGAGGAAGAGAAUGUCUAAAAAAUACAGCAGCUCUGUCUCUGAGCAGGACUCAGGCCUCGAUGGCCCACCCAGCUCCCCUGCUUCUGUACAGCCAGACUCUGAGCACAUGGACAAACCCAAGCUCAAAGCCGGAGGAUCUGUAGAAAGUCUUCGGAGUUCUCUAAGUGGGCAGAGCUCGAUGAGUGGCCAAACAGUCAGCACCACCGAUUCCUCCACCAGCAACAGGGAGAGUGUCAAGUCGGAAGAUGGGGAUGAUGAGGAGCCACCCUACCGGGGCCCCUUCUGUGGGCGCGCCCGGGUGCAUACUGACUUCACCCCCAGUCCCUAUGACACAGAUUCACUCAAGCUCAAGAAAGGGGAUAUCAUUGAUAUAAUCAGCAAGCCACCCAUGGGUACCUGGAUGGGCCUGUUGAACAACAAAGUUGGCACAUUCAAAUUCAUCUACGUGGAUGUUCUCAAUGAGGAAGAGGAAAAGCCCAAGCGCCCCACCAGGAGGAGGAGGAAAGGAAGACCACCCCAGCCCAAGUCUGUGGAGGAUCUGCUGGAUCGGAUUAACCUGAAGGAGCACAUGCCCACUUUCCUGUUCAAUGGCUAUGAAGAUUUGGACACCUUCAAGCUCCUAGAGGAAGAAGACUUGGAUGAAUUAAAUAUCAGGGACCCAGAACACAGAGCUGUCCUCUUGACAGCCGUGGAACUGUUGCAGGAAUAUGACAGUAACAGUGACCAGUCGGGGUCCCAGGAGAAGCUGCUUAUGGACAGCCAGGGCCUAAGUGGAUGCUCCCCGCGAGACUCGGGCUGCUACGAGAGCAGCGAGAAUCUGGAACAUGGCAAGACUCAGAAAACUGGCCUCUUAUCUGCCAAGUCAUCAACUGAGGCCAGCCUGAAGUCUUUCAACAGAAGUCAGCUGGGCAACUACCCGACGUUGCCUUUAAUGAAGUCGGUGGACGCAGCGAAGCAGGGAGAGGAGGGCAGGCUGGGCCGCGGUCUCACCCCCGAUGCUUCCAAGCACUGUGACCCACCCUUAGUAACUAGUUUGACUAAGAACCGGAGAAGCCUCCCAGUGUCCAUCUGUCGGAGCUGUGAGACCCUGGAGGACCCCCAGACAGUGGGAACCUGGCCUCGAUCCCAUUCCCUGGAUGACCUUCAAGGAGAGCCUGAUGCUGAAAAAGAUGUGCCUACUGAGGUGACAGAACCCUCCCCUCAGAUUGUACCCGAAGUGCCACAAAAGACAACCGCCUCGACCGCCAAGGUCCAGGCCCCUGGGCGAGAUUCCACUGCCGACAAUGCAUUGCUACUGACCCAAAGCAAGAGAUUUUCUGAACCCCAGAAAAUGACCACUAGGAAACCCGAUGACCCCAUGGCAACCACCGACCGAGGCGUAUCACCUCCUCAGUGUCUGCCCAGAAACUCUGAGACUCGGCUUCCUGGAGCCAAACACAGUUUAACAAGGACGUCUCUCGAGGGUCACAGAAAAGGACAUGAUUUUGAAGGAACAUACCAUCCCCCGGGCACCAAAGAAGGGGCAGAUGCUGAGCAGAGGGUCCCUGAAACAAGGACACAGCCAAAAACGCCACAGCCUCCACCUGUUCCUGCCAAAAAGAGCAGAGAACGUCUUGCCAAUGGCCUCCACCUGGUGCCCGGGGCCCCUGGCGGAACCCUACCCAGCCCUGAUGCCCCGAGCCUGCCCGUAAAGAAGACUGGCCCCUCUGAUUGCCCAGUGCCGGCCGCCCGAUCACCCUCGGGCCUGGAGCCUGGCAGCCCCUCCUGCACCAGGCCACCGCCCUGGCUCUCAGAGCUGCCCGAGAGCGCCAGCCUGCAGGAGCAUGGCGUGAGGCUGGGCGUCCCGCUGACCAGAAAGGUGUCCUGCGCCCGGGGUGUGGAUCUGGAGAUGCUCACCGAAAGCAAGCUGCACGCCGAGGGCAUCGACCUCACCGAGGAGCCCUACUCCGACAAGCAUGGCCGCUGUGGGAUUCCAGAAGCCCUGGUGCAAAGAUAUGCAGAGGACCUAGAUCAGCCAGAGAGGGACAUCGCCACCAACUUGGACCAGAUCCGUGUGAAGUUACUUCGGAAGCAGCAUCGCAUGGCGAUCCCAAGUGGUGGCCUCACGGAAAUCUGUAGAAAGCCCCUGUCUCCUGGGUGCGUUGCCUCUGUGUCCGACUGGCUCAUUUCCAUCGGCCUGCCCAUGUACACAAGCACCCUCUCUGAUGCGGGGUUCAGCACACUGAGCCAAGUGCCUUCUCUGUCCCACUCUUGCCUUCAGGAGGCCGGCAUCACAGAGGAGCGACACAUAAGGAAGCUUGUAUCCGCAGCCAGACUCUUCAAACUGCCACCAAGCCCCGAGGCCAUGUAG